AUGUCUUUAGAUCCUAUUAAGCCGGAUUUAAUUCCCUUUCUAUCCUCUUAUUUACCUCCUAGACAGCAUGAUACAAAGGAGACGAAACCAUUCGUUACACUAACAUACGCACAAUCUAUUGAUGCUCGUAUAUCUCUAGGACCCGGUAUUAGAACUACUAUAUCAGACGUCGAGACGAAAGUAAUGACACAUUAUUUACGUUAUCAUCACGACGCAAUUCUAAUUGGAUCCGGGACAGUGUUGGCAGAUGAUCCUGGAUUAAAUUGCAAAUGGCAUAGAGAUACUAGAGAUUCUAAAAUGGAUGAAAAUUCUCCAAGACCUGUUAUAUUGGAUCCCUCUCAAAAAUGGAGAUUCAAAGGCUCAAAGAUGUAUGAUUUAUUUAAAAAUGGUGAAGGUAAACCACCGAUCGUUGUUGUUCGUGGGAAACCCCGGUUAGAAGAAGAACAUGUUAAGUAUCUAAUAAUGGAAAGUACACAAGAGAAAAUUGAUUGGAAGAUAUUGAUUGAAAGACUUUCGAAUGAAUUUGGAAUUAAAUCAAUUAUGGUUGAAGGUGGUGCAUUUGUUAUUAAUGAUUUAUUACUUAGAGAUGAUAUUGUAGAUUCUUUGAUUGUUACUAUUGGUUCUACUUAUUUAGGGGAGAAUGGUGUACAAGUAAGCCCCAAGAGUGCAAUUUCAUUAAUGGAUGUGGAUUGGUGGAAGGGUAAAAAGGAUUCAAUUAUGGUAGCAAGAUUAGAACCAGAAAAGAAUUGA